CCACGCGCUCGCAUCCACGAUCCUCGGCUAUACACACACAUCUGUACUUCCAUACUAAUCGGCUACGGCGAGUACGGAACCGUCAAAAUGUCGAUGGACGAAGUUGUACACAAUCUCUGGGUUGGAGACCUCCCGAGCGCCCUGGACACGGAGAAACUCAAGGGGCACAAGAUCCGCAGUGUGCUCACCGCGAUGCGGGGGCGGGUUUCUAUUCACGAGACUUUCGUGCGCCAUCAAAUCAAUAUAGACGACACGGACAGUUCGGACAUCCUGCAGCACUUCGUCCCAGCUAUAACGUUUAUACAGGCGGAGCUGGACAAGGAUCAUGGCGUGCUGGUGCAUUGCCAGGCGGGGAUCAGCCGAAGCGCGUCCAUCGUCGCAGCGUAUCUCAUGGUUUCCCAGGGACUUGAUCCUGAGGGUGCCCUGGCCGCGAUCAGACAAGUCAGGCCAGAUGUCCAACCGAAUGAAGGCUUCAUGCGCCAGCUAGAGAUCUUUCAUAAGGCAUCCUUCAAAGUCUCGAAGCACGACAAGGAAACGCGUAUGUUUUAUUUGGAACGUGUAGUCCGCGAAGUAAUGAAUGGGGACGGCGAGGUGGAAACUGAAAUGUUCGCGAAGUUCCCAUAUACGCCAUCUGACACUCCAGUCCCUACUUCCCGGCGUCGCAUUCGGUGCAAAAUGUGCAGGCACGAGUUGGCAACUCGGGAGCAUAUGCUCGACCAUGGCCAACUGGGACCGCCGACCCCAGCAGUGCUAUCUGCAGCUCCAUCCCGGAGACCUUCUAUGAACGACGCGAAACCCCUUAGCCCACUCACUACCGGGCUUCCCACCGCUAGGAGAGCGUCGUCGUCUGGGUCGAAACCUGGCAUACAGUCCCCAAUGUCGCCCAUAUCGGGCACCUCGCGGCGGCCGUCUAUGCACGAUAUCCUCCCGCGCUCGCGCCUUGGCUCUAUCACUGAGAACAGACCGCUCAAGACCUCCCUGAUCGCACUCGACAGCAUGUCCGCGCAAAUCGGACAAGAGGUGUCGGAUGCGAUAUCAGACUCGGCGAUUGACGAGGACAGCUCCGGGGACGAGCCGCCCAAGUCCGACGAGCCUGGCUCCGAGGACGAGGCACCAAACGCCUCGGAGACGUCCGCGACGACGGCCGCUACGGGCGAGGCGACGGCAGAGAAGGCGGACAAGGUUACUCCGCUCCCCUCGCAGAGGCCGCCGAUCUCGGUCUCGAGCUCGUACAUCCACCCCUCCGACCUCGCCGCGCAGCUCGCGUCCCACCCGAAGCUGGCCGCUUUGCGCGUGCCAUCCGGUCUCGCCAUGACUCCUACGGCUGGCGUCCCCUCACCGACUCGCACGGCUCCCCAGAGCCCGGGAGUCGCGAACAUCAAGAGCGCCAAUUACUUUGCGCCUGUGAGCCCACCGCUCCUCAUCAACCCUAAAUGCUCGGGAUAUUUCGUCGAGCCGAUGAAGUGGAUGGAGCCGUUCCUGGAGUCGGGCAACAUGGCGGGAAAGAUCACCUGUCCGAACAAGAAGUGCGGCGCGAAGCUGGGUAACUACGACUGGGCGGGCGUGUGUUGCAGUUGCAAGGAGUGGGUCGUCCCGGGCUUCUGCAUUCAUCGGUCUAAGGUCGACGAGGUUGUGUAGGAAAAGAACACUGUCAGAAGUUCAAGAAUUACCCCCAUACACGACUGUAUCGCUAUGUUGUACUCGCAACGCUACUACAAUUGUAAGGUUGGCCUCAUCCAUGAUUGACCAAUGCCACGCGAGCGGGCGUGACAUUGGCUUGUAAACCUAUCUCGUCUCGCAUUUCGUCCUGAAUCGCAAAAUCUCUUGCGAGAGAUUUUAGUUUUUUGUGCUCCCGACGAUCUCUCGCAAAAGAUUUUUCGAUUGGGGGAGAUGUGAGGGAGGAGAUAGUUUUCCAACGUUUUCUGGAAAGUCACGCAUGGGCGCUCGAGAACGCUUUCUGGGCGGGGUCACACCACGUCACACGCACAUGGC